UGAAGGAGAUGAAAGACAGCUUGGUACAUGUAGAGCCGGACGACUGUUUUUUUCUCCCUCUAUUUCCACACAAAGUUCCUAUGUUUUUCUGCUGCGAGAGUUGGGGAACUGUUCUGUGAGCUACCUGCCAUCAGAAAAUCGAAGGACAAUUUGUUUGUAGAUAUUUUUGGAAAUUUAUUUUAUUUUAUUUAUCCUGUGGGAAAAGAGAGCAACUUUUAUUCCAGUGUGUGUUCCACCAGGCACCCAGACUGAUUGGAGCGUCAGUCAGACAGCGAGCCAUGCGAGGGCAGCGCGUAGCAGAUUGUGUGCGUAGACCAUGUGGAGGCUGGACAGUGGUUGUCUGGCUGCUGUUGUCCCUGCUAGGUUCCCUACUACUGGUGGGCAUCAGUGGGAUUCUGCAGAUCGAUAUGACCAAAAUCAGCAGACGAGCCAUAUCCACCAAUAGCACGACGACGAUGACUGCCAUGAAGACAACGCAUUCUCAAGUGCGUCUGGUGAACGGGCGUAACAGGUGUGAGGGGCGUGUGGAGGUUUGGCACAACGGGACAUGGGGUACAGUGUGUGAUGACGACUGGGACAUGGUAGAUGCCAACGUGGUGUGUCGGCAGUUGGACUGUGGUCUGGCCAUGGCGGUGGGCAGCAUCUCAGAGUAUGGCCAGGGCUCAGGGCCCGUCCUGCUGGACAAUGUAGACUGCAAAGGAGGGGAGACAGACCUGGGACAGUGUGGAAGUCUGGGCUGGGGCAUCCACAACUGUUACCACUAUGAGGACGUGUCUGUCACAUGCAAAGAUACAUCAGUGCUGGAGUCACGGGGCAUGGGCGAGCCCACCACUCCCUCUAGGAGAAACUCAGGGUUAAGAGAUGGUACAAUCCGGUUAGUUGGUGGUGUGGACUACUGCCAGGGACGGGUGGAGGUCUACUACCGUGGCAGCUGGGGGACGGUGUGUGAUGACGACUGGGGUAUGAGAGACGCAGGGGUGGUGUGCCAGCAGAUAUACUGUGGCCAUGCCGUUUCCUCCACCACCAACGCCUAUUUUGGCUACGGGACAGGCCUGAUUCUACUGGACAACGUCAACUGUAAUGGCUACGAGAACCAGCUGAGUAAGUGCUACAGCCUGGGCUGGGGGAUACACAACUGUGGACAUCAUGAGGACGCUGGAGUUAUCUGUUCAGGCUCAGGAUCCACUACCGUUCCUCCUAUGAACACUGAAACCAUGGGCAUGGGAAGGGGAUUCUUUCAGACUGCCAGCACUGCAGUAACCGACCAAACAGAAUUAGUCACCGAAGCAACUACGGCUGUGACAACGGUUGCUAUGACAACAAGAGAGCGGCCCACCAUUCGCGUGGUGAAUGGUAACAGCAGCUGCCAGGGCCGUGUGGAGGUGUUCCACAACAACCAGUGGGGCACGGUGUGUGACGAUGACUGGGAUCUGCCCAAUGCCCAGGUGGUGUGUAGGCAUCUGGGCUGUGGCCCUGCCAUCUCUGCCAAGGCCCUGGCCUACUUCGGCUACGGCUCGGGCCCCAUCUUGCUGGACAAUGUGGACUGUAGGGGCAGUGAAGGGGAGCUGUCGGAUUGUUUCCACCUGGGCUGGGGACAGCACAACUGUGGACAUCAUGAAGACGCUGGAGUCAUCUGUACACCCUUUCAGCUUGUGGGACCUGGAAAUGACUUUGGGAUGACAGAGAGAACGCCCACCACUAGACCACCAAGUGAAGGCUUGGCGAGGUUGGUGGGCGGGCAGCACCGCUGCGAGGGCCGGGUGGAGAUGUUCUCAGGGGCGGAAUGGGGUACGGUGUGCGACGAUGCCUGGGACAUGCCUGAUGCCCAGGUGGUGUGUCGCCAGCUGGGCUGUGGGGAGGCUGCUACGGCCCGUGUGGAGGCCUUCUUUGGGCCCGGCAGCGGCACCAUCCUCCUGGACAAUCUGAAGUGCAGCGGCUCUGAGGCCUCGCUCCAGCAGUGCUCCCACAUAUCCUGGGAAGUGCACAACUGUGACCACUCUGAAGACGCCGGCGUCACCUGCUCACUGUCGUGAUUCCAGCAGUGAUUCGCCGCCAUGGAUCCGCCAAACUCCUCCCAACUCCACUGCCAACUAAUAGGACGGGCGCCAUGGGUAGCACAACCCGGGACUUGUAAACAUUAUGUAAAUAACAGCUCAUCCCAAUGCCAAACAUAAGGAAGACUACAACAACAACAAACAAACAAGCAAAGAAACUAACAUAUGAUGAUAUAUGAUUAAAUAUUAUAAUAAUCUAUUCCUAUUAAGCACUUUAUAAAUAUAUAUAAAUAUAUAUGAUAUAAAAUAACGCUGUACACAUUUUUUAAAUAUUUGAUAAACAGUGGAAACCAACGUUUUAAACUGACUCUCUGUCUCUCUGGCUCUUUUUGUGUUGUCAAGAUACUAAAAUAGAGGUCCUCUCACUAACCCUCUUCUCACUAGCCGCACACACAGCCAUAGUGUACUGUACCAGGGCAUGGUGCUCAACAACAACAACAACAACAACAGCAGCAAUACAGGCCCACAAUACCAAAGCCAAACUUAUAGAAAUAGACUCUAUAGAGACUAUAGACUAUCUAUAGAAAAGGCUAUGUAUUUCUAUGGCCAAAUCUAUUUGUUUGAACAUAGGCAGAAAGAUGGACAGUACAUGUAGUACUGUAGUGCUCUUGGCACAUGUUUCCUAAUUUGAUAAGCUUUUUAAUGUAUUAUUCCUGAGCAGAGGUGGAUGUAUAUCUGAAAUCUGAUCAUGAUGACUUCCAAAGCCCCAGUAUUUUGGUUAUUUUUCUGAAAUAUCUGUUAUAUUUGACACCUUUAUUGUGUAAAUAAUCACCCUAGCUAGCUUGUGUUCUAUUUUGUCCUCUCUUAUGAAACUCUCUUAUGACCCAUUAUUUUCUGUCUGACUUGUGUAUUUUGAUGUCUGGUUUUGGAAAAGGCUAGCUUGUCUCCACUGUCUCUGCCUCUGCCUCUGUCUCUGUCUCUGUCUCUGUCUCUGUCUCUGUCUCUGUCUCUGUCUCUCUCUCUCUCUCUCUCUCUCUCUCUCUCUCUCUCUCUCUCUCUCUCUC